CUCUCUCACCUACCGUCUGCCACGAUCCGUUUCCGCGUCGUCUCUUCUUGAUGUUUUUGCAAAGUGAUUUGUUGGUUAGAGAGAAAAGAGCGAAAAUUCACUUGUUUUAUAAAUUUGUUUAAUAUUUAGACAAAAUGCAAGUGACGUAUUUGAUAUUACCACUUAAUGAGGCAAAUAAAACGCUUCUUUCCCAAUUCAACAUAAUACCUGGAGAGGCAAUCGAGAAAAACGUUAAUGAAUCUUGCCGAAUUUGUUUACGCCAAGAAAAGAACCUAAUUUGUUUAUAUGAUAACAAUGAAUACUUUGAAUCAAUGUCGAUAUCUGAUGCAAUUGAUGAUUGUUUUGGUGUUAAAUUAUCUGCAGAUGUAAAGUUAUCAAGUUAUAUUUGUCCGGAAUGUGCCAUAAAGACGCAAGACGCACAUACUUUCAAGCGUGCUAUUUUAAAACGCGAUAUAGCUAGUAGUAGUAACUCACAACACAUACCCUCUGAUAAACUAGUAGUAAAACCAUUUCUCCCAGUUCUCACAGAAGACUUGAAUACUAUUCCAAGUGAAACAGAAGUAAAUGGAAAUGAAAUUAAAUGUAAAAUUUCACCUGUCGCUGCUACAACGGAAAUCACUCCACCGAAGAAAGAAACUACUGCAAAUUUCCAAAAAUCACCGCCUUUGUAUCCAAUGGUAAAAGAUAAAACUAAACCAUUAUUAUCUAUUUUGCGGGAAUUACUCAACAGAACCUCAAAAAAAAGUAGGUGUCGUAAAAAGAAAAUGAAUAAAGAAAAUAAAAGCACAUCAGCUUCGACUGUUCUGUCUAGUUCUCAGCUAAAAAUGAACGUGAAACGUACUUAUACACGGAAAAAAAAGGGAAAAAUUGUCUCCUCAUCUCCAGAAAACAAAGCACUUAUGAAUGAACACAAUUAUACUAAAUCAUCAAUUGAAGUUACCACUGAGAAAGGCACUGAGUUGGAAAGUACAAAUGAAAGCAUACCUGCAGAUUGUUCAUCCAAAACGGGCAAGAAACCUCCUACUGAAUCGAAAACAAAAAAAUAUUCAAUUCGCCCAUUGUCUGAUUCGAUGGAGAAAUGGUGGGUUAGAGCUGGUGGCCCUCCAUAUCAGUGUAAAUUGUGUGAUCGGAAUUAUGGCUCACGUUAUUCUGUGUUUUACACUCAUGUCCGUACACACUUUAUGAAGAAGCAUCCCUGUACAAUUUGUGGCAAAAGGUUUUUUAGCGACAAGUUAGUGUUGCACAUGAGAUCUCACACAAACGAAAGACCUUUCUUAUGUGAGCAAUGCCCGGCACGAUUUAUUGCAUUGGCCAAUUUGAAGAGACAUCUUGUUAGUCACACAGGGGAAAAGCCAUAUAUUUGUGAGGUGUGUGGGAAAGGAUUUACCCAAAAUAGCUCACGGCAGACGCACAUGGAGGGCCACAAUCAAACCUCCACCUAUGUGUGUGAAAUUUGUGGAGUGACCCUUAAUUCCAGUUCAUACAGAAACCAUAAAUCCAAGUAUCACAGAGAAGCUACUACUCCUAUUGAAUCAAAUGAAAAGUUUCCAUGUGACCAAUGUAAUACAGUUUUUAGCAAGUCACAAUCUCUAACGCGACAUUAUAAGGUCCAUAAUUCUGUAACUUAUAAGUGUAAGUUAUGUGAUGCAACUUUUGAAGAAAGUUACAGUUAUGAAGUUCACGCCUUUAUCCACGAAGUGCAAUCAUAUGAGACUGAUGAUACUGAAGAGAAGCCAUUCCACUGUAAAUUUUGUUUGGAUAUUUUCGAUACCAAAAACGACUUGGAACAACAUCUAUUGAUACAUAUCAACCACCCAUAUAAGUGCAAGAAUUGCGAGAAAUCGUUUUCUACAAAGCUCAGAUUGAGAGCUCACAUGCAGAAAUAUUGUGCUUCAAAACCGUUUUCUUGUGCAGAUUGUGGAAAGACGUUCAGAACAUUUGGAACGCUGUAUCAACAUAAAAAAACUCACAGUGGAAUAAAGAAACAUAUAUGUCAAGUAUGUUAUCGAGCAUUUCUUCAUCCACAUCAAUUAAUGUACCAUAUGCUCACACACACGGGAGAGAAAAAAUAUGUUUGCCAGUAUUGUGGAAAAGCGUUUGCAUUGAAUGGAAAUUUAACGGUACAUGUUAGGCGUCAUACUGGUGAAACGCCCUAUGUCUGUAAAGUAUGUCACAAAGGGUUUUACGACAGUAGCAGUCGUACAAAACAUAUGAGAACAAGGCAUAGAAAUGAACUUGUGGCCGAUGAUGCCUCAAAUAAUGAACUGAAUGUCGUAAAGGACGAAUAUCUUUAAAUAUAAUUGAAGUGUAACUCUUUCAUUAUAUUGUAAUAGUUUA